CAGGACAGAAAAUGGCGACGGCGGAGAGCCGGACGUCGUCGUUAGGCGGAAUAUUAGACUCGAAUAACGGACCAAACGUCGGGAUCGGAUCUCAGGGAAGUUUCAGCGGCUACGGACCUGCUCACAGCAGCGGGAAAACGAGGAGAAGCGCGGGGGAGAACUCUGAGUGGAGGCGGAAGGUGAAAAGUGUUGAUCUGGAUACAUGUGAGAGCGGGACCGCCGCGGAGGCAUCGGGCUCGAGCGCGUUUCUACGGCAGAGUCUCACAGAGUCUCACAGAAGCAGCGAUCAUCUGUCCGAUAGCGCUCAGGAAUGGAUGAAAAGGUCUUUAAGGAUCAGUUCUGCUGAGUCUCCGAGCCCUGGACAUGCUACUGUGGACCUGAACAUAGCACACAACAGCCGGGACAUGGACAGCAGGGAGACCCUGCGUGGGCUACAGAAGAUGGAGGACCGGCCUGAAGAGCGCUUGAUCCGAGAGAAGCUCAAGGCCACCUGUAUGCCCACCUGGAAAAGCGAAUGGCUGGAGAGACGUAGCAGGAGAGGGCCGAUGGUAGUGAAGCCCAUUCCUUUGAGAGCAGACGGCACUGAGUCCAGAAGCGACAGUCAAAGCUCGUCAUCGUCUCAGAGCAAAGCUCAUCGUAGCCCUUCUCCUGGCCCUUCCUCUUCCUCCUCCUCCUCGUCCACUAAGAACGCAGGAAAGCCUGAUUCUCCUGGUGUGCGCAGACGGAGGGCGUCUCCGGUGCCUAGCGGAAGGGUGACGCCCCCUCGGAGAGCCCCCUCCCCUGAUGGAUUUUCUCCAUACAGUCCGGAGGAGACCAACCGCAGGGUCAACAAGGUCAUGAGGGCCCGUCUCUACCUGCUGCAGCAAAUCGGGCCGAAUUCCUUUCUGAUUGGUGGAGACAGUCCUGAUAACAAAUUCCGGGUGUUCAUCGGUCCGCAGACGUGCAGCUGCGGCAGAGGAACGUUCUGCAUCCACGUGCUCUUCGUCAUGCUCCGCGUCUUCCAGCUGGAGCCGUCUGAUCCUCUGCUCUGGAGAAAGACCCUCAAGAACUUUGAGGUGGAGAGCUUGUUUCAGAAGUAUCACAGUCGCCGCAGCUCGCGCAUCAAAGCACCCUCUCGUAGCACCAUCCAGAAGUUUGUGUCACGGAUGUCCAACUCGCACACGUCGUGUACCUCCAGCACCUCCCCAUCCAGCAAUGAAAGCAGUGUGAAGGAUGAGGAGGAACAGAUGUGUCCCAUCUGUCUGCUGGACAUGCUGGAUGAAGAGAGUCUGACUAUAUGUGAGGAGGGCUGCAGAAAUAAACUCCACCAUCACUGCAUGUCCAUAUGGGCAGAGGAGUGCCGGAGAAAUCACGAUUCUUUAAUCUGCCCUCUGUGCAGAGCCAAGUGGAAAUCUCAUGAUUUUUACAGUUAUGAGCCAUCAUCUACUGUGGACAGCACGAGUCGCUCUCAAAGCCAAACAACCCCAUCGUCCUCUUCUUCAUCCGUACACGCCGAGAGCCCGAGAGCGCUUCAGGACGCCGAUUUCUCUCUUCCACAGUAUGGAGCACAGCACAUCCCUCAGACAUACGCUGAACUCGCCGAACCCUGGAUCAAGGUCUUUGGUUUGGAGCUGGUGGGCUGUCUGUUUUCCCGGAACUGGAACAUCAGAGAGAUGGCUCUCCGGCGACUGUCACAUGACGUGAGCGGUGCUCUCCUGCUGGCUAACGGCGAGCGCUCUGUGGCCGGGGCGUCUGCCAGCUCGGGAGUGGGCACAGCCACUGGAGACGUGUCUGGAGAUGUGUUGGUGGAGUGCUGUUGUAGUGUGCUCUCUAUGGUCUGCGCAGACCCCGUCUACAAAGUCUACGUCGCAGCACUGAAAACCCUGAGAGCGAUGCUGGUCUACACCCCCUGUCACUCCAUGACAGAGCGGACUCAACUGCAGCAGCUACUGCGGCCCGUAGUAGAAACCAUACUGGUGAAAUGUGCCGAUGCAAACAGUCGUACGAGUCAGCUGUCUGUGUCCACUCUACUGGAGCUGUGUAAGGGUCAGAUGGGUGAACUCGCUGUGGGCAGAGAAAUCCUUAAAGCAGGCUCUAUUGGCAUUAGUGGAGUGGAUUAUGUGCUGAACUGCAUCCUGGGAUCUAAAACGGAGGCCAGUAACUGGCAGGCGCUGCUGGGAAGACUGUGUCUGAUCGACAGGCUCUUACUGGAGUUUCCUGCUGAAUUCUACCCUCAUAUCGUGUCAGGUGGAGAUUGCAACCAGGCUCAAAAUGUUGUGGAAAGGUACCAGAAGCUGCUGCCUCUUCUCCGUUUUGCACUGCAGUCCAUUGAUAACUCUCACUCCAUGGUGGGUAAGCUUUCCCGCCGCAUCUUCCUGAGCGCUGCACGCAUGGUGACUCGCGUCCCUCACAUCUUUGUUAAGCUACUGGACAUGCUCAACGUCACCAGCUCAACUCACUACGCCCGCAUGCGUCGUCGUCUCUUGGCCAUCGCUGAGGAGAUGGACAUCAUUGACGCCAUCCACAUGGGUGUGGAAGAGCUCCAGAGUGGGAGCGGUUUGCACUCGGAAGCCUUCCUGGAACCAACAGCCCCUCAUAACUCCCCGUGCACUACUGAAAGAAACUCUCCCACCCACGGCCUGCAGCAGACCUCUGCCAAGGUGCCGUGUCCGGGUCAAGCCAGUUCGAAUCCUGUGAACGAUGUGACGGAGAGACUCUCAACCAUUGCCACAAGCACUGUCGAAUUUGCAAAGCCCCCCGUUCAGGCCCGUAACAGACCCCGUAGUCAAUGUUUGAAUUCCCCGUCAUCCAGUCAACCUCCCAGCCUUCCCUCUGUGUCCACGGCCUCCGCCUUCCCUCCAGACAGCCCCAAAGCCCUGCCACAUAACUUCAUGGCCAGCAAACUCGCCCAGUCCUCUCCAGGAACCCAACGUAAGUCGCUUCUGCAGAUGGGAAUGGGAGGAGCUGGGUGUAUCGGUAAGGACCCGGAGAAGAUGCCAACACCUCAGUUUUCCCAAGCUCGGCCCCUGCCCUCGAAUCAGAUCCACUGGCCCAAACCGUCUCGACCGGCUUCAAAAUCUGACGGAGCUAAAGCUUUAAGUACUGCCUCAAAGAGCAACAUGAGACUGGACCUUCAGGAGGAUCCGGGCCGCUGUGGAGUGUCUGCUUUUAUCCCCAGCAAGGAUGCCGUUUUCACUCCUGUGGAGGAGAAAUUCUGCGGCCUCGACGCUUCGGCCGAGCUCAAUUCCAGCAUGGAGGACCUGUUAGAAGCCUCCAUGCCCGCCGCCGAUGCCACGGUCACCUUCCAGUCGGAAGUGGCCGUGCUGUCGACUGAGCAAGUAAGUGCCGUCGAUGACGCAUACAGCGAGGAUGUGACCCAGAACAAUAAGUGCAAGGAGAAGAUGGAAGCGGAAGAGGAGGAGGCCCUGGCUGUUGUCAUGGCAAUGUCGGAGUCACAGGAUGCUCUGCCCGUUAUCCCGCAGUUACAGGUGGAGAAAGGAGAGGACGUGAUCAUUAUUCAGGUGGAUACGCCAGAGACUCUUCCUGGUCAUACCAAAGCAAAGCAGCCAUAUAAGGAGGGUGUGGAGUGGCUGAAGGGUCAGCAGAUUGGCCUGGGUGCCUUCUCUUCAUGUUAUCAGGCUCAGGAUGUGGGAACUGGAACUCUAAUGGCUGUUAAACAGGUGACGUAUGUUAGGAACACCUCUUCAGAGCAGGAGGAGGUGGUGGAGGCCCUGCGGGAGGAGAUUCGGAUGAUGGGUCUCCUCUACCAUCCAAACAUCAUCCGAAUGCUCGGGGCAACCUGCGAGAAGAACAACUACAACCUGUUUGUGGAGUGGAUGGCAGGUGGCUCUGUAUCUCAUCUGUUAAAUAAGUACGGUGCCUUUAAAGAGGCCGUGACCAUCAACUACACAGACCAGCUUCUGCGAGGUCUCGCUUACCUCCACGAGAACCAGAUCAUCCACCGCGACAUCAAGGGUGCGAAUCUGCUGAUUGACAGCACAGGCCAGAGGUUACGCAUCGCUGAUUUCGGGGCGGCGGCUCGUCUGGCUUUUAAAGGCACGGGUGCGGGCGAGUUUCAGGGACAGCUGCUGGGAACCAUCGCCUUCAUGGCUCCUGAGGUGUUGAGAGGGCAGCAGUACGGCCGUAGCUGUGAUGUCUGGAGCGUUGGCUGUGCUAUCAUUGAGAUGUCCUGUGCUAAACCUCCCUGGAAUGCUGAGAAACACUCCAACCACCUGGCACUCAUAUUCAAGAUUGCCAGUGCCACCACAGCCCCCAGUAUCCCACCUCACGUGUCUCCAGGUCUGCGGGACGUCACCCUGAGAUGCCUCGAACUGCAGCCCUCCGAAAGGCCGCCCUCCAGAGACCUUCUGAAGCACCCCGUCUUCCGCCACAGCUGGUAGAUCUCACCUGGAGCAGCCACACGUCAAAAACUACUGACGGUCGAGUCUGACCUGUGCCUUGUACUGCUGUCAUGUGUCUCUUUCUCUCACAGAUGUUAAACAGACCCCUGAAUGCUCUCCUUAUACCUAAGUGCCGUGUCUCUGUUUUCCUGCUGAUGAGCGUGUGUGAAACGAGAGAAAAGAGGGUUGACUGGUUUGUUACGGUGGCUCAUCUGUUUAAUGCACUCACACUGAACGCGUUGAGCAUCACGCUUCCUUUUAUACCUUGAAUGUGUCGUGCAGAAACUAAACUCUGCUAGUUGAACUAGCUUUAGGCUGAAUGUGAAUGCUUGCGACGAUGAUAUAUUUGACUUUUUAAACCUGUAUAAAUGUCUGGUUUUAACCGUUUAAACUCACAUGGGAACCUGGUUUUGUCGAUUUCUACGUUGAAAAGUCACGUCUCACUGGAACAUCGUGACUCGUUUGGUCAUAUUGGAUGUUGAUUCAUGGUUAACGUUGAUAUAUUUUCUUUCUGUUUGGUGCUGUUCUGUUCACUUUCAUGGCUGUUUGUAAAUGUUUCGAUUCAACAUUUAAGGACAAGUCAGGGCGUGUUAUAAAGGUUUGGUGACCUGGAGAUGUUUAGUUUACUUCCAGGUAUUAUAAGUACAUGCUGUUAAACAUUUCGGUGGAGGGGUGGUAUUUUAGCUUAUGUGUUUGUUGCCUCAAUGUUCAGAAAUGACAGGUGAAUGAACUCUAGCUCUUCAAGCGUUUUUGCGGUUUAGAUUCCUCAAAAAUCCAAGCGUGGAAACAAAUAGAAAUCAAGUGGUCAAUUUAAUGGGGCUUUCAUCAUGAGGACAUUCAAAUGUGACAAAAUAUGAUGUUUUAGAAAGAAUUUUAUUUAAUGCAAAACCUUCUACUUUAUGUGGAAUUCAAGCUUGAAGAGUUAAGGUGUAAAUAAAUGUCGGUAGCUAAAUCUGUUUAUUUCUUUUAACCACGCUCUUCUUCAUAAAUGAGUAUUUUGUUUUUCCGAAUCGGGUGUAUCUUUCUUUCAUUUGACUUUUUCUAUGUCUUUACGAAAGCUUUAAAGUUAUGCACUCUGUCUUUUAUAUACUGGAACGUUUCAGUUAAAAUGGUAAAUCUAAUCAGUAUUACUUGAGUCAUGUUUUUUUUUCUUCUUUUUUCCUCAAUCAGCUUUUUGGUCGCUGUAUAUUUGUAUUGGACGCCUCUUGUUUGUUAUUUCACAGGCUUAUUGAUUUGGGCUGAAUGAACUCAUGUCAAAUGAUGCUGUUUCUUGUCUUUUGGUACUUUUUGAUGUGAAGAUCGUCUAUUGCUGUUUUAUUCCAGUCUUUUCUACCUCAGGUGUCCUAUAGAAUUUUCUUCUACCAAAGUUCACUUUCUCAAUAUAUAUAUAUAUAAAUAAUUAUAUAUAUAGAAAUAUAUUCUUUUAUUAUAAUUUUUUAUUUCUUUCUCUUUUUUUUCUGAAAGAUCUCCAGGGCUUAAGGGCUAACUUAUAUUAGCACCUUUUACUGUGCAAAUAAAUCUCUGGGUUCAGCUAAAGAGAGGUGAAUUGGCUAAAGCUGUAUCUUUUAAUCUCGUGUAGCUUUCGUCAAAAUGUUUUAAUAGGUUUUUACCCCAUAUGAAGCAUUUUAUAAUGAGAUCUACCUAUUUUGGUCUUUAUAGCAAAUAAAACGUAUAGUCAAUGAC